AGAAGAGAGAAAAGAAAAAGUGAGUGUGCAUUUUCACACUUAUAUUUGUGUUCUUAUUUAGAAAAGAAACUAAGUAAGGAUUUUGUUAAGAGCAUAUAGUUGAAAAGUGCUACUAUGGUUGAGAAAGCAGCAGCUCAUGAGAUUGGUGUUGCUUCUUCUUCUUCAUUUGGGUCUGGAAAUUCAAGUGAUGAUUCAUCAUUAGUGAUGGAAUCUGAUUCAUUUGAAGAAGUGAUGUCUCCUUCUUCUUCUUCUACUUUUUCUACUUCUACAAAUGACCCAUUGAGUGAUAUGUCUAGUUUGUUUCAACAACUUCCCAUUAAGAGGGGGCUAUCAAAGUAUUACGAAGGAAAGUCACAAUCUUUUAGUUCAUUAGCAAAAGUAAGGAGCUUGGAGGAUCUUGCAAAGCCAGAGAACCCAUACAACAAGAAGUUGAAAUCUUGUAGAAGCUAUGCACAGAAAAUGGGUGAUGAUGAUGAUGAUGAGAGCCAUCAAGCUUCAAAUUCUAAUAAGAGAGGAUUGUUGCAUUCUUCAACAAGUUUUUCAAGGGCUUCAUGUUCUUCACUUAUUAGUUCAACAAAAAGGGUCAAUGAAAAUAAUAAUAAUA